AUGCUCUCAGCGGCUUCGAGAGUUAAUAUCAAGAGAAGACUGGCUACCCAUGCCCAGUUCCCUUCUAUCACUAAGGAAGUGGCUUCUCGUACUCCCCCAUAUGCUAAACUUUUGGAUAAUUUGUCCAAAGUGAAGAAAAUCACCAAUAAUUCACCUCUAACUUUGGCUGAGAAAAUUCUAUACUCACAUUUAUGUGAUCCAGAAGAAUCAAUUAUAUCCUCUAAAUUGGAAGAUAUUCGUGGUUUACAAUAUUUGAAGUUGAAUCCAGAUCGUGUGGCCAUGCAAGAUGCUUCUGCUCAAAUGACUCUUUUGCAAUUCAUGACUACCGGUUUGGCACAAACUGCAGUUCCUGCAUCAAUCCACUGUGAUCAUUUGAUCGUUGGUAAGGAAGGUGAAUCGAAGGAUUUGAAAUCAUCCAUUACUACAAACAAAGAAGUCUUUGACUUUUUACAAAGUUGUGGUAAGAAAUAUGGUAUCCAAUUCUGGGGUCCUGGUUCCGGUAUUAUUCAUCAAAUUGUCCUGGAAAACUUCUCUGCUCCAGGUUUAAUGAUGUUGGGUACUGACUCGCAUACUCCUAAUGCAGGUGGUUUGGGAGCCAUAGCUAUUGGUGUCGGUGGUGCUGACGCAGUUGAUGCUUUAACUGGUACUCCAUGGGAAUUGAAGGCGCCAAAAAUUUUGGGUGUUAAAUUGACCGGUCAGCUAAGCGGCUGGAGUUCUCCAAAGGAUGUCAUUACCAAAUUGGCAGGUAUCUUAACUGUCAGAGGUGGUACUGGUUACAUCGUCGAAUAUUUCGGAGAAGGUGUCUCCACCUUAUCUUGUACUGGUAUGGCAACUAUUUGUAAUAUGGGUGCCGAAAUUGGUGCUACUACUUCUACUUUCCCAUACCAAGAGGCUCACAAACUAUAUCUACAAGCUACUGGCAGAGGUUCUGUGGCAGAACAUGCUGAUGUGGCUCAAAACCAAUACGGUUUCUUGAAGCCAGACGAAGGUGCUCAAUACGAUAAGGUCAUUGAAAUAAAUCUAUCAGAACUAGAGCCACACGUUAAUGGUCCAUUCACUCCUGAUCUGUCCACACCUAUUUCUGAAUUCGGACAAAGAAGUCUACAAGAGGACUGGCCACAGAAGAUUUCUGCAGGUUUGAUCGGUUCCUGUACCAACUCGUCUUAUCAGGAUAUGACCCGUGCAGCAGACUUGGUUACCCAAGCCUCUAAGGCCGGUUUGAAACCACGUAUUCCUUUCUUCGUGACUCCAGGUUCUGAGCAAAUUCGUGCUACUUUGGAAAGAGAUGGUUUGGUCAAAACCUUUACUGAAAAUGGUGGUAUUGUUUUGGCGAAUGCAUGUGGACCAUGUAUUGGUCAGUGGGAUAGGGAAGACAUCUCAAAGUCUUCUAGUCAAACAAACUCUAUCUUCACGUCUUUUAAUAGAAACUUCAGAGCUAGAAACGAUGGUAACAGAAACACUAUGAAUUUCUUAACGUCUCCAGAGAUGGUCACUGCCAUGAUUUACUCCGGUGAUGCUCAAUUCAAUCCUAUCACGGACUCUAUCAAGCUUGAGAACGGUAAAGAGUUCAAAUUUAAUCCACCAAAAGGUCAGGAUCUACCAUCUAGAGGUUUUGAACAUGGAAGAAAUAAAUUUUAUCCCGAACAGGAUUUAACACCACAAAAAGAUGUUCAAGUCGAGGUGAGUCCAGAGUCCGAUCGUCUACAAUUGCUGGAGCCUUUUAAACCGUGGAAUGGCCAAGAGUUGAAGACUAAUGUUUUGAUGAAGGUUGAAGGCAAAUGUACCACUGAUCAUAUUUCUGCCGCUGGUGCUUGGUUGAAAUACAAGGGUCAUUUAGAAAACAUUUCUUACAAUACCUUGAUUGGUGCUCAAAACAAAGAAACUGGAGAAGUAAACAAAGCUUACGAUUUAGAUGGAACUGCGUUCACUAUUCCAGAGUUAAUGUUUAAAUGGAAACAAGAUCAAAGACCAUGGACUGUGGUCGCCGAGCACAACUACGGUGAAGGUUCGGCCAGAGAGCACGCUGCUCUAUCUCCAAGAUUCUUGGGUGGUCAAAUUCUUUUGGUCAAGUCUUUUGCAAGAAUUCAUGAGACCAACCUGAAGAAACAGGGUAUGUUGCCAUUGACAUUCGCCAAUGAAGCAGACUAUGAUAAAAUUGCAUCUGGCGAUGUUUUGGAAACUGUGGGUUUGAUCGAUUUGGUUGCCAAGGGUGGUAAUAAUGGCGGAGAGCUUGAUAUCAAGAUUACAAAGCCAUCCGGUGAUUCUUUCGUGAUCAAGGCUAACCAUACAAUGUCAAAAGACCAAAUCGAAUUUUUCAAAGCAGGUUCUGCGAUUAAUUACAUUGGUAACUUGCGUAGAGCUCAACAGUGA